AUGUUAAAGGAAACUAAAAAGUUUAUUGGUAAAUCUCUUCAGCCAGCACGACCUGUGCAUCAUCUGUCUUCUAAACAAGAAUCAGCCAUUGCGUUAAACUUUCAGACUGAAUUACUUGGCAACACUGAAGUAUGUUUGCAGAGUAAGGUUGACUGGUUAUCUGAAAUGACUGAAGUGAAGAUUUUAACUCAAACUAUGAUGCCCUGUCAGCCAAACCAGCAUGAAUCAGAAGCAAAAAAAGGAAGGAUCAAAUACAGCAGGGAUUUCCUUCUGAAACUUUCAAAUGUUUCUCUUUCUCAGAAGAAGCCAGAGUUUCUUCCUGAUCAUCCAAUUGUACUUGAAAAGCCAGGUAAAGGAGAACCCCUGCAGAAACGAAAUCAGUGGAUGAAUGAUCUCUAA